GACUCCUUUCCUUGGCGCCCAGACGCCAACAACGAGACUGGCAGCGUAGCACCCGACUCUUCCCUGCUGGCUGCGGGGGUCCUUUCCGCUGAAGGAACCUCCCAUUGGCGGAACAUGACGGAGCCCUACACGCUGCCCACCACGAAGCUCUGGGAGGGGCGCGAGGCCGUGCUCUAUGCCCCAUACGUGGCGCGCGGGCCCACCGACCCGCAUAAGCUGGAGCCACCUUAUGAGGUCGUCAUGGAUCUGGCGGACAGCUACAACUUUUUCGACCCCACCCAGGAAUGGUACCAUAAAGCGCGGACGAUGUUCAUCAAUGAGGAGUUACCUUUCUUGGUUGGU